AUGGUCGGCUUGAGCGGGCAAAAGGGAGUUGGAUUAGCGCGUCGCGGAAACGGGGUUCGGUGGACGGGGGGAGUCGCUAUUCCCACUGGCCGUUGCUGUGUCUGCGCUACUAUCAACCAGGCAGACUCUCCAUUACUAUUGUCCUCUCAGAAAGCAUAUACACACACACACACAGACGAACAGUUAGACCCUUCCAACAGGGCUCGACGCGAAGGAGGAAAGGAGCAAGCUGUGUCGUGGCAACCAAUUGACUGCGGAGGGUGGGGCAAUUAG